AUUUAGUAGGAUGAUGUAAACAAACACAGCAAGCUAGACACUAUCACUGGUCGACGACGCUCCAGGGAACAGUAGUGGAUUUUGUUCUCGUUAUCAACCUGAAGGAUUCUUCAUGAACAUCAAUGAUGGAGCACUCCUGUAUCAGGAGAGAAAGGGAUCUUCUGCACGACAGAUGACUUACAUGUACCAUGAGAGCACCAGGGCAUUCAUCCCAGUUAAUGUUGACAUGAAAGGAAGCAAUACAACAACCUUGAAAGAUUGUGUUCGUGGAUGGUUACAGGAUGUGUUUCUUCCCCAGGGGUACCCAGAAUCUGUCUCUCCUGACUAUCUUCAUUACCAGAUGUGGGACACAGCACAGGUAAUAUAUGAGACUGAUAAAAUAUUUUAUAUGUCACAGUUAGAUUGUAACAGCAAGCAAUGGCGGCUCUUCGCUGAUGUGGCCAAUGACUCUGGACACCUCUUGAGGCUUCUUGGACCAGUCUUGCCAGUGCCAUUCUUAUUUGUGAUGUGUAUUUCUGCAGUGAUGAUGGCACUAGUAGGAGUAGCUGGUGGGGCAACGCGAGCAUCCCUCACUUUACACCAGGCUCGCCGAGAUAACAUGGCAGAUGUGUCGGCAAAAGAUGGCAGUCAGGAGACUUUGGUCAACCUUGCUGCUCUCUUCACUAACCUCACAAUUCUUCCUUUCAUCACCUCCAGUCUUUUAUUGACAUGGAUUACUUUUCUUAUGUGUGUUGUGCUGCAUCUUCUGGCCAAUUAUCAGGCAGUACGAGCAGUCAAGAUGGAGAGCCUUAAUCGUCCCCGCCUUUUGUACAUCCUCGACCAGUGGUUUACUACAGCUAAUGUGCCAGGAAUUGAAGAGACUAAUCUGUCUGAAUCUCUCAUAUUUGGAGCAGCAUUUAUGCCCAAUUAUUUUCCUUGUGGCUUCCGUGCAACACUUGGUUGCUCCUUAAACUGGGCUCUGGAUACCUGCAAAAAAAAUGAUGUUAAAGCUGUGUAUUCAGCAACAGUGGACACAUUUGCUCGAGCUAAUUAUUUGUUAUGUGGAAACUUGAAAGACAAGAGGCUUCACAUAAUUUACCGACCAGAGAUCACAACACAAGAAGAACUUGAAGCUGUUUUCUCAGCAUAUUUAUGUGUCAUUAAUUACAUCCACGUCUCGGAGGGUGGCAUAUUGUCUGCUGAGUAUGUUGCUGAUGGAUUAUCAUCCAAAAUGCCAGACACGGAGUUUAUCACAAAAGUUGCACACCAUUCACAAAAAAUUUUCUCGGCUUUCUUGAACAGUCUUCAAGCAAAAGGUUGGCUUGUAAACAAACUACUCUUGGCAGCAGAUGAGUGGCGGUUAUUAAUGGAAGAUGGUAAGACAUAAACCAAUCAACACAAAGUUCUGUAGACUGAUAAGAUCAUGGAAGAAGGUGAAAAGAUCAAGACUUAAGGUACCAUAAUACGGUAUAACUGUUGGGUAGGUACUGGUAAGUUUAGGUGCAUUCAGUUGUCACAAGGGUAAACAGUCAGAGACAAUGGGCAGCCUGUCCUAGCACCAUGUGUGAAAAAAUGCUAAUUUUAUAAUGCCCUGGGUUCAUCAGGAUGGAGCUUCAGACAUGUAGUGCCUUUUUUUUUUUUAAUUUGUUUAUUUGUGGCUAGAUAUAAACUUUCGUAGUUUUUGUAACCUCCUGUAACCCAAAAUAAAAUUCAGUAGUAUAUAGAUAGACUGACAGUGAGGUACUGUAUUCAAGAAGAAAAUGUUAUAUCAGAGGUAGUAAUGACUGAAAUAAGAAUGGGUAUGAGAAACAUCAUCUACAAAGCUAGUGUUCAUAUUUAAUAUUAAGAUGUCACCAGUCAGUGACUAAGAGAAACUGUGGUAGCCAUUUCCUUUACAUACAUUGAUUUAAGAGUCAUAAGGGGUAUUCAAAUACAGUAUCAGAAAGGGAUAUUUACAUAAGAACAUAAGAAAGGAGGAACACUGCAGCAGGCCUGUUGGCCUGUACUAGGCAGGUCCUUUACAAUUCAUCCCACUAACAAAACAUUUGCCCAACCCAAUUUUCAAUGCUACCCAAGAAAUAAGCUCUUAUGUGCAAGUCCCACUCAAAUCCAACCCUUCCCACUCAUGUACUUUUUUUUUUAUUUAUUAUCACACCGGCCGAUUCCCACCAAGGCAGGGUGGCCCGAAAAAGAAAAACUUUCACCAUCAUUCACUCCAUCACUGUCUUGCCAGAAGGGUGCUUUACACUACAGUUUUUAAACUGCAACAUUAACACCCCUCCUUCAGAGUGCAGGCACUGUACUUCCCAUCUCCAGGACUCAAGUCCGGCCUGCCGGUUUCCCUGAAUCCCUUCAUAAAUGUUACUUUGCUCACACUCCAACAGCACGUCAAGUAUUAAAAACCAUUUGUCUCCAUUCACUCCUAUCAAACACGCUCACGCAUGCCUGCUGGAAGUCCAAGCCCCUCGCACACAAAACCUCCUUUACCCCCUCCCUCCAACCCUUCCUAGGCCGACCCCUACCCCGCCUUCCUUCCACUACAGACUGAUACACUCUUGAAGUCAUUCUGUUUCGCUCCAUUCUCUCUACAUGUCCGAACCACCUCAACAACCCUUCCCAAAGUCCCAGCCUCAAUAACCCAACUAGGUAGACUGUUCCACUCAUCAACCACCCUAUUUCCAAACCAAUACUUUCCAAUGUCCUUUCUAAAAUCUAAACUUAUCUAAUUUAAAUCCAUUACUGCGGAUUCUCUCUUGGAGAGAUAUCCUCAAGACCUUAUUAAUAUCCCCUUUAUUAACACCUGUCUUC